GUGUUUUAUAUGUGAAGCUGUGUUGAUGUGCGGAAUUGUGCAAUCCGUAAAAUGGAUUAUAAUUGUAAAUGUUGUUGUAUUUUGUGGCUGGCAUUAGCUUUAGCUUUGCCGUUAACUGUGGUAACUGAAUCAACGCCUUCGCCAGAUGAGAUCGAGAAUGUGACAAUGAUUUCGACUACUGCAGCAGAAGAGCUGUCAAUUUCCGAAUUGAAAAAACUGACAUUGGCCAUACAUUAUGAGGCACUGUGUCCGGACAGCAUGUACUUUAUAAGACGCCGACUAUAUGAUGCUCUUAAUGACAACAAUUGGUGGCCAAUCACCCAACUGGAGCUGUAUCCCUUUGGCAAGGCGAAUUUCUAUAACAACACAGCCAUUGGUCGGAUGGAAGUUUAUUGCCAACAUGGAGCCGAUGAGUGUGAACUAAAUGCACUGCAUGCCUGUAUUUUAGAACAUUUAGAACUACGUGACGCCUUCAAUAUGAUCAACUGCAUGUUGCGCUCCUACAGCAACCGGAUUGAUGAGUGUGCCCGGCACUUAAAGCUCGACGUGACCAAGGCCAAGGAGUGCAAAAGGUCGAGAAAAACUCCGGAUAUUCUGAUGCCGUACGGCAAGGCAACUUUGGCACUGCAAAUAUCCUUUGUGCCCAGCAUUGUGUUUGAUAAUCAAUUUUCGCCCUACGAGCAGAGCAGCAUACGUUAUAAUUUUGAAGCUCACUUUUGUCGUCAAUACGAACGCAAAUUUAAAACAAAAGCGCCAGGCUGUGACUAAUUUAUUUAAUUUUGACACUCUUAAAUUGCA